GGUCAUUACAGGAGAUGACCUUCUGGCUUACACAUGUUAUGAAAGUCCAAAACAAGUAUUUUCCGUAUUUCUCGUUAAUUUUAGGGGCCUCUCGAAAAGUAUAGUUCUUACUCGUUCAUUGAUGUUCAUAAAAAGAUAACAGAAAUUUGGAAUAACUACAGAAAACAUGUUUAUGCCGAAAUUCGGACGCGUCUGUGGGUCUUGCAUGACGCUUCUCAUCCAAAGAGAGCCCACUUUUCUUGGAAGAUGCUGUUACCUAGGAAACCAAGGAUGCAGGAAUUUCUCCACCAGUCAGAGAAGACCUUACAUUAUGAAGGCGUGGCAGCUGAGAGAGUAUGGCAGCAACAAGAACUUCAGGUUUACAGACAAUGCCCCGAUGCCCCCGAUUAUGUAUCCAAACCAGAUCAUUGUGCAGGUGUGUGCUGCCAGUGUCAACCCCCUAGACGUGAUGAUGAGAGAAGGUUACGGGGCGGCCAUGUUGAACAGGCAGCGUGACCCGACCGGCGUUCUGCCCUUCAUGGACCCCAACGUCAACGAACUUCCCCUGGUCCUGGGGCGGGACUGUUCCGGCAUCGUCAUGGAGACAGGACUCAACGUGAAGGAAUACAAACCUGGAGAAGAAGUGUGGGUAGCUGUGAACCCCUACAAGAUGGGCACACAUGCAGAGUUUGUAGUGGUCACCAACAGCGAGAUUUCUCAUAAGCCGAGGUCGUUGACCCACGUACAAGCAGCCUCCAUCCCUUACUCAGGACUGACGGCCUGGGCGUCACUGGUCACCCAGGGGGGACUGAACGAGAAGACAGCUAAGGGGAAAAGGGUGUUGAUCCUUGGGGGUUCCGGAGGUGUGGGAACAUUUGCUGUACAGUUGUUGAAGGCAUGGGGAGCCCAUGUGACCACAACGUGCUCCAGGGAUGCCAUUCCCAUGCUGACAUCUCUAGGAGCUGACGACAUCGUUAAUUACCAGGCCCAGGAUGUUAGGGAACACCUGAAGAGACUCAAUAAGUUUGAUCUGAUCCUAGAUGGAGUAGGAGGAGAGGCAGAGAAGUAUCUCUUCAGUACCGACUACCUCAAGCCCUGGGCCGGGGCCAAGUACGUCACCCUCAGAACCCCGCUGCUGAAAAAUGCAGACUCCCUCGGCUUCACAGAUGGCCUACUCAAAUCAGGCAUGUCACUGGCUGGCAAUGCAGUCAAGGGUUUGGCCUCUGGUAUACACUACCGGUGGGGAUUUUUCACCCCAGAUGGGAUGGCACUGGACAAGAUAGCAGCUUUAGUGGACCAAGGAAAGAUCCGGCCGGUCAUUGACAGAGUUUUCACCUUCGAUCAACUGCCAGCUGCCUAUGACAAGGUCGAGCAAGGUCAUGCCCGAGGGAAGACGGUCAUUUCUGUAGCCGAGAAGAGGACACAGCUGGACGACAGCUCCUCAUUUGGCAUCAUACAUGUUUAAUCUAACAUAGUACAAAUUAGUGUAAACUUGUAAAGGAGUGGGACACUUGUGCCCCGUAUGCUUUCAUAUCAAAUUCACGCCUUACAGAAUUAUGGUACUUUCUCUGACAUAGAAGAUGGCAGAAAUAGACAACAGCAACGUCAUUUUUGAGAUACUAGUUGCUGUAUGUAUUACGUGCAAAAGUAUAAAACAGCUUAUUGUAGAUGGCUUUACUAUCACUUGCAAAUCUGUAAAAUAAUUCAUACCUAAAAAGUAAACGCCACUGCCUCCAGAAGUCUGCAAAGGAGGAAUCGUUUCUGCGUGAUUUUAUGACCAUUUUUAUGGUACAUGACAUGUUAUAUUGUUGUAUAAAAAAGCUACUUUA